CCCUUUGUCAGUUAUAAAAGUUGGUGCAGUUGACACACUGAUAGGACUUCACUCACAGAGAUCUCAUAAUAGGUGCACUGUGAGGACUUUCUGCUUUGGACUUUUUUUGCAAUAACAAAAACAACGACAAAAUGCGCGAGUGUAUCUCCAUCCAUGUUGGCCAGGCCGGUGUCCAAAUGGGCAACACCUGCUGGGAGCUGUACUGCUUGGAGCACGGCAUCCAGCCGGACGGCCACAUGUCCAGCACCAGGACCGCGGGGAGCGGCGAUGAUUCUUUCACAACCUUCUUCAGCGAAACCGGCGCAGGCAAAUAUGUGCCGCGAGCUAUUUUUGUCGACCUGGAGCCCACCGUUAUCGAUGAGGUACGCACGGGUACGUAUCGUCAGCUCUUCCACCCGGAACAGCUCAUCUCCGGGAAGGAAGAUGCAGCCAACAAUUACGCCCGUGGUCACUACACGGUUGGCAAGGAGCACAUCGACGCCGUGCUGGGCAGAAUCCGCAAAUUGUCCGACCAGUGCACCGGCCUCCAAGGUUUCUUGGUGUUCCACUCCUUUGGAGGAGGAACCGGUUCCGGCUUCACUUCUCUGUUGAUGGAGCGUCUCUCGGUGGACUUUGGCAAAAAGUCCAAGUUGGAGUUCGCCAUCUACCCGGCGCCUCAGGUGUCCACCGCUGUGGUGGAGCCGUACAACUCCAUCCUGACCACGCAUACCACGUUGGAGCACUCUGAUUGCGCGUUCAUGGUGGACAACGAGGCCAUCUACGACAUCUGCCGUCGGAACCUGGACAUCGACCGUCCGUCGUACACCAACCUGAACCGACUCAUCAGUCAGAUCGUCUCGUCCAUCACCGCCUCGCUGCGUUUCGACGGAGCCCUCAACGUGGACCUGACUGAGUUCCAGACCAACCUGGUGCCCUACCCGCGUAUCCAUUUCCCUCUGGCCACCUACGCCCCCGUCAUCUCGGCGGAGAAAGCGUAUCACGAGCAGCUGACCGUGGCGGAGAUCACCAACUCCUGUUUCGAGCCGGCCAAUCAGAUGGUGAAAUGCGACCCUCGCCACGGCAAGUACAUGGCGUGCUGUCUGCUGUACCGUGGCGACGUGGUGCCCAAAGAUGUCAACGUCGCUAUCAGCACCAUCAAGACCAAGCGCUCCAUCCAGUUUGUGGACUGGUGUCCCACCGGCUUCAAGGUGGGCAUCAACUACCAGCCCCCUACGGUGGUUCCGGGAGGAGACCUGGCCAAGGUCCAGAGGGCCGUGUGCAUGCUGAGCAACACCACGGCCAUCGCCGAGGCCUGGGCCCGACUGGACCACAAGUUUGACCUGAUGUACGCCAAGAGGGCCUUCGUGCACUGGUACGUCGGCGAGGGAAUGGAGGAAGGCGAGUUCUCCGAGGCCAGAGAGGACAUGGCCGCCCUGGAGAAGGACUACGAAGAGGUGGGAGUCGACUCAUCGGAACAAGAUGACGAUGAUGGAGAAGAGUAUUAGAAAGGCAGCGUGAAGAUCCUCGUUUCUGCUGAGCUUGCGUUUUAAUGGCUCACGCUGUAACCAGUAAACACCAACGAUAGAAUGUUAAGCGCUCGAUCCCGUCACGUUUGCCUUUCUUGUGUGAAAGAACAUGUCGGUGCCUUAUUUUCAAAUAAAAUGGUUUGCAUUCA